CAGCCGUUGCUGAAGAAGAACCAGUCAGAGUCUGACUGAUAUGACAACAUUCAGUCGGAACUUUAUAUUGUGACAUCAGUGACAGCAGUGCAGGUAAUUAUUUCAUCGGUUAUCAAGCAACAAUGUCUUCAGUUGAGGGUUUGAGGGAGUUUUUCAACGAGCGACUAUCUGCUGCUGCUGAAGAAAUAUUCGGAGUUUUUAAAAGAACCAUCGUCGAGUAUCAGGAAGAAAUCGACCGGCAGCGCGGACUGUUGGAUGUUUUAUUGAAACCCGAAGUGAGGUUACACCGGAUAGAGCUCCCGCAGUCACGUGUCUGUAAGGAGGAGGAGGUUCUCUGUGACCAGCAGCUCUGUCUCCAGGAGAGGAACCCCAGUCUGGACCAAGAGGACCCAGAUCCUCCACAGAUUAAAGAGGAACAGGAGGAACUGUGCAGCAGUCAGGAGGGAGAGCAGCUUGAACCGAAGCAGGAGGCCGACACCUUUACGUUGUCUCCCACUAGUGAGGAAACGGAUCACAGUGAUGAUGAGACUCCGUUUUGGAAUCCUGACAGAAGUCAGAGUGAAUCAGAGACAGAGCCUCCAGCUAGCACGUGUACCACCUGGUUAGAUGAGGAAAUAGACUGUGAAUGUUUUGUGGUACCAGAACCAAACAACACUCAAGAAUCUCAUAGUCAAGAUCAGAAAGGAGUAAAACAAAGUUUAACAUCAGACAAGGAGCCACAACAGCAGAUUCUGGCUCCUCCAGGUGACAAGACAUUUUUGUGUGAAACAUGUGGAAAUUAUUUCCAACAUAAAAAAACCUUGUUGGCCCACGUGAGGAAAGUCCACAGAGUGGAUCAACCAUAUGUAUGCACCUGUGGGAAAAGAUUCAUUCAUGAUUCAGUAUUCCAGAUUCAUAAAAGAGUCCAUAGUGAUGAGAAACCAUUCUCUUGCAAAACAUGUGGAAAAGAUUUUAAAUUUAGUAGUGGCUUGAAAGGCCACAUGCUAAUCCACACUGGGGAAAGGCCGUUUUCUUGCAACACCUGUGGGAAAACAUUCACUCUGAAAUCACAUUUGAAGUUUCAUACAAGAAUUCAUAGUGGGGAGAAGCCAUAUUCUUGCACCACCUGUGGGAAAACAUUCCCUCGGAGAGAUUUAUUGAAGUUUCAUACAAGAAUUCACACUGGGGAAAGGCCAUAUUCUUGCAUUACUUGUGGGAAAACGUUCACUCAGACAUCACAUUUGAAGUCUCAUAUAAGAAUUCAUAGUGGGGAGAAGCCAUAUUCUUGUAAAAUAUGUGAAAGAUGUUUCAGAAGUUCUAGUAACUUAAUUGUCCACAUGAGAAAAAUCCACAAGUGUGAACAGUCAUAGAUGCAACUCCUGUGAGGAAAUAUUCUGAGCAAUUCCAAAGAUUAUUAUUUACAUAGUACAUCUUCAGCAAUAAAACAGGGCAUUGUUGAAUUUGCCUGUUUUUUCCUUCAUGUAACGUGGUGUUAGUGACAUGUUUUGGGGUAAUUUACUGUAAUCACUUUAAAUCUUUGAAAUGUCAACAUUGAACAUAUUCUGUAUCCUGCACACGUUUAAACUGUUUUUUUAAUAUAUAUAUAUAUUUAUCUGAAAAUAUAAUUGUCAAUCUGACAAUGGCCUGCAAAUAAAAAUGAAAAAUGAUUGUAACUGAUAA